AUGAAGGCCACUACCUUCGCUGCUAUCGCUCUCUCCACCCUUGGCCAGCUGGCUCUGGCAGCCCCUACCAAGACCGAGCAGAAGCGCGGUACCCUUGCCAAGCGUGCCGCCAUCACCGACGGUCCUGAUGUCGGUUAUGCCACUGAGAACGGUGGUACCACUGGUGGUGCUGGUGGAUCCACUACCACCGUCUCUUCCGUCGCCGAGUUCACCAAGGCUGCUACCUCUGAUGACAAGAUGGUCAUCGUAGUUGACGGAACUAUCGAGGGCAACGACAAGGUCCACGUCGGUAGUGACAAGACCAUCAUCGGCAAGGACUCCAAGGCUGUGUUAAAGAACAUUGGACUUUACGUAAAUAAAGUUUCCAACGUGAUUAUCCGCAACUUGUCUAUCAAGGAGGUUCUUGCCGACAACGGCGAUGCCAUUGGUAUCCAGGCCUCUAAGAAUGUCUGGGUCGACCACUGCGAUCUGUCCUCCAACCAGGACCACGGAAAGGACUACUACGACGGUCUUCUCGACGUCACUCACGGCUCUGACUACGUCUCGCUGACCAACAACUACAUCCACGACCACUACAAGGCCUCGCUCGUUGGUCACUCCAACAACAACGGCGAUGAGGACACCGGUCACCUUCUCGUCACCUACGCCAACAACUAUUUCAAGAACCUCAACUCCCGUGGUCCUUCUUACCGCUUCGGUAAGGGUCACCUCUUCAACAACUACUACGAGAACGUCAGCGACGGCAUCAACACCCGCAAGGGCGCUCAGCUUCUGGUCGAGUCCAACGUCUGGGAGGGUGGCAAGAAGGCUCUCUACUCCACUGACGGCGGCUACGCUACUUCCAACGACAACGACUUUGGUGGUGCCAAGCACACUGCUGAGGAAGGUUCCCUUAGCUCCAAGGACUUCCCCUACAAGUACACUCUCCUUGGCAGCGGCAAGGUCAAGUCUGCUGUUGUCGGCACUGCUGGCGCCACUCUCAGCUUCUAA